CACUCCUUGUCGCUCAUGUUACGCCUGCCCUUUUUCACAGGGAUGCUUGAAGACGGAAAGAAAUUUGAUUCCUCCCGGGACAGAAACAAGCCCUUUAAGUUUAUGCUAGGCAAGCAGGAGGUGAUCCGAGGCUGGGAAGAAGGGGUUGCCCAGAUGAGCGUGGGCCAGCGGGCCAGGCUGACCGUCUCCCCAGACUACGCCUACGGCGCCACCGGGCACCCGGGCAUCAUCCCGCCAAACGCCACUCUCGUCUUCGACGUGGAGCUCCUGAAGCUGGAAUGACAGGGGCGGCCUCCUCCCCGAGCCCCCUGUUCUCAGAUGUGCCGUGGAGGGAAGUGGCGCCUCCAGACGCACACACGCGAAUCGUAUGGAGCUUUUCCUGAUGUUCCACUCCACACUCUUUGUAUAAACAUCGACCCCGACUGAAUGUGUUGUCACCCGGCUUCGCUCCUUCCCUUUCUCCUCGAAUGCGUGUUGACCUAAACGAUAUGCCAUAAACCUCAAGUUACUCAUUUUAUUUUGUUUUCGUUUUGGGGUGAAGGUUCGGUUUCAGUCUUUUGGAUCUAGGUUUUCACUUAAGUAUUAGUCAAGUAUUAACAGCACAAAUAAUGGGUUAAUUUUAGAAUAGGAAUUGGUGGGGGGGGGUUGCAAGAAUCUUUAUUUUAUUUUAUUUUUUUUUGGAUGAAAUUUUUAUCUAUUAUAUAUGAAACAUUCUUGCUGCUACGCUGCAAAGCCAUAGCAGAUUUGAGGCGCUGUCGAGGCCCAAAUUCUCUCCAAGUUGAGAGAUGUCCUUGGGUUGAAUUAAAAGCCCUACCCAAAACUGAAAUGGGGAGGGGGAGAGCCUUUGCCUCCCUGCCCCGCCCCGCCCCCCCCUUACACCCUCUGCCUUUUGGGAGCAGAUGGUUCUCACCGCGAUGUUGGACACUACACGUAUCCGUCCCCAGGCCAGCAGGGACCUCUGACGCCUUCUUCGUGGUCUGGCUGGUUUUUUUUUUUCUGUUUUGUUUUGUUUUUAUUUCCUCUCCCAUCCUGUGGUUUUUCUAACGGAUAUUCAGGACUUUUGUAAUCUCCUAGCUCUCCAAGCUCCACUUCCCAAAUUUCGAGAACUUUAAUCGAAAGUUUAAAUUGAAGGUGCUGUUUGUAAGACACUUAACACCCAACGAAAGCCCAGCCAUCACGACAGACCCCUGAGUGUUGUCUUGAGAAAAACGAUGCUGGUCAUCACAGCUGCAGCAUCUCCUGGUUUUUGAUGUUCGGCUCCCCGCUGCUGAUCUCAGAGUUUCCUGGCUUCUCCUCCCUCCCCCCCCCUACCCCUUUGCUGUCCUGUGUAGUGAUUUGAUGAGAGAAAUCAUUGCUGACUACCCCCCAUCCCCACCUCCCUGCACUAUGUAUGAGUUUCAAGUUUUAUUAUUGCAAUAAAAGUGCUUUAUGCUGGCUUUUCUCA